GUGUCCUUUAAACUUAAUACUGAACAAGAGAGGGGUGCAAUUCGCAAAACAAGCUCGAUCGUUCGUUCUCCAUCCAUGGCGGCGGCGGCGCCGGCGGCGAGGAUACUCGAGCUGGACCCUGCGCACCCGCGCGCCGGCCGCGUCGUCGAUGACAUCGUGCGGAUGGAGAAGCGGAUCUUCCCGAAGCACGAGUCGCUGGCGCGGACCUUCCACGACGAGCUCAAGCGCCGGAACACCGGCCUGAUCUACUCGACCCCCAUCCCCGCCGGAGACGGAGAAGACGACGGCCACGACGACGAGGAGGUUUUCGGGUACGCCAUGUACGCAUGCGCCACCUCCCUCUGCGCCUCCAUCACCAAGCUCGCCGUGAAGGAGAGCCGUCGGAGGCAGGGCCACGGCGAGGCGCUGCUCAGGGCCGCCGUCGAGAGCUGCCGGAGGAGGCGGGUCCAGCGGGUGUCGCUCCACGUCGAUCCGGCGAGGGCGGCGGCGGUCGCGCUCUACCGGAAGGUAGGAUUCCAGGUUGAUGCCACCGUCGAGGGAUACUACUCUCCACAGAGGGAUGCUUACCGGAUGUACAUUGAUCUCUAGGAAUAAUGAGAAAAUUGUUGUUUUGACAACCGAAAUAAGGCAUUUCGUAAUUAUAGGACACGAAAUGUUUCCUAAUAAUCAUCAUCGGCUAAGCAACAAAAAAAACGCUUGUUAAUUGUCAGGCAAUGCAGUAAUCUGUUCUUUGCCAACAAAAAAUGCUUGUUAAUUAUCAGGCAAUGCAGUAAUCUGUUCUUUGCCAACAAAAAAUGUUUGUUAAUUGUCAGGCAAUGCAGUAAUUGUCAGCGCCAAACCUGAAACUCACACGAACUGGGUGGAUUGGUCUACUGUAACGAAUCCGGCAAGAACGAAACGGAGUUGU